AUGGAGGUGUGUGCGCGCGACGAGGGGGAUGACCGGCACCGGCUCGGGGUUGAUGGCGCGUUUGAGCUGUGGGUAGACAAGCUCGAGGACGUGCUGCUGGCGUUGCACCCCUCCCGCCCGACGUGUGCUCUCAUGGGUCCGCUCCUGCUGGACUACCGAUAUCAUACCGCGGCGAUGUCGUGCAACCGCUGGAUCACCGUGGAGGACUGGUACCAGGAUUUGCGGCACUUUUGA